GGCGCUGAAUCAGCGAGGCCUAUGUCGAUGAUUUUGUUCGUGUUCUUCAUGUUCUUAGAUACAAAAUAACGGAAUCAUGGCUGUUCAGGACGUGAAAGGAUCUAUUGUACUUCCAGGCUCUAGCGUUCCUGGGUUCUUGUCAAAGUUGUGGCUUCUUGUGGAUGAUGCAGAGAAUGACGAAUUAAUUGGAUGGAGCCAAAAUGGAAGCAGCUUCAUCGUUCAGGACCAGACCCGGUUUGCCAAGGAAAUCUUGCCCAAUUAUUUCAAGCACAACAACAUGGCAAGCUUCAUCCGUCAACUCAACAUGUAUGGCUUUCGGAAGAAGGCAAACCUGGAACAUGGUACUCUCAAAGCGGAGAAAGAUGACAUUGAGUUUCAGCACCCAAACUUCAAGAGAGGGAAAGUGGGACAGCUUGAACUCAUCAAAAGGAAGGUGUCCGCUCGGGAGGAGUCGAAGCUUAGAAUUGACAACGUACAUCUUCUCCUGAACGAUGUCCAAGACAUGAAAGGCAAACAAGACAACCUCUCGGGCACUUUGGAGGGUAUUCAGAGAGAGAAUCAGGUAUUAUGGAGGGAAGUGGUUCAUCUCAGACAGCGGCAUGAGAAGCAGCAAAAGAUUGUGAAUCGUCUGAUCCAGUUUCUGAUCACAAUGGUCAAACCAGUCGGCCUUAAGAGAAAACAGCAACUGAUGCUUGAGCCAGCCCCAGAAGAAAGUAAAUCCAAGUACUCAAGAUAUGCACCUUAUAGUGAGGCUCACCAGCUCGUUAGCCAACAACCUCUACAGAGUACGUAUGACACUGAUCUUGACAACCUGCCGGGCUUAAGUGAUUCAGAACCCAUCUUGGCAGAUGUAACCGAACUUCCCGUUGAGGCCUUCCGAGCAUGUCCGAGCAACGAUGGUGAUAAUAACAGUGCAGUGCCAGCCGAGCUCGAUGCAUCCACAGGACAACUUGACCCCUCUCUAUUUGACCUUGAAAUAUCCGCUGACUCAACAGAUGACGUCAACUCACCCAUUGUCACAUCACCAGGUAGCAUGGUACCAUCCACCCUUCCUUUGUCCGCCGAUCUGGAGCUAUCACCUGGCUCUUACAGCAGCAGCUCCACCAUGGCUCCAUUUGGGGUCGGAGGAGCAGAUCAUCAGAUUGUAAGCACUAAAGGGAAUAGCUUCGGACUUGAUGCAGGACCAAUUCCAUCCAUGGGGGAUUUGUCAUCUAGGACAAAUUCUUAUCCAAACUCAAAAAGUCUGGUGAAGAGAAUGCCUUCACAUGAUGAGCAGCGGCAUGAAAUUGGAGAGCAUGUCACAACUGUUCAGGACAAUUUAGACAUGAUCCAAAAUUUGCUGACAUCUAUCGGACCUUCUGAUGGCUACAGCCUUGACAUGGAUUCACUGCUGGGGAUUUUCAGCUCAGAUAAUAGUGGGAGUACCACUGAGCCGGACCUGUUUCCACCUCCGAAUGAUAAUAUGUCUACGCUGCUUUUUAACCCGGAUUCAAACACCACAGGCACAGAAUUGGUUCAGUACGUCUCCCCUGGCGAUGACGAUGAUGAUUCAUUACUGCAGUCACUUAAUGAAGACUCAGAUGCCUUGGAGAAACUAUCAGCCGUUUAUGAUCACACAGUAGAUUAAUAUUCUGUUUAAUAGGCAUGGCUCGAUCCACAACAAUCCACAAGACAGCAUGGGUCAUUUUUACAAAGAUACUGGGCCUUGAAUUUCAUCUUUGAUAGUACAAGUCCAUUUCUUAAAGUCUAUGGGAAACUAAUGAAGGGGCACCAAGGC